CCCCCUUCACGACCCUGCUGGUUCGUCGGAUCCCGUCACGCGUCGUGCAGUUGUGGACAUCAUACGGGGAUGGAGUAGAGGGAAGUAUGGGUCCAAGUGAAGAAAAAACGGUCGACAUUUAUCGUGACACAUGGGUCCGCUUUUUAGGCUAUGCCAAUGAAGUCGGGGAGGCCUUCCGUGCUCUGGUGCCAGUGAGCUUUGUUUGGGGUAGUUAUGCUGUGGCUACUGCUUAUGUUACCGCAGAUGCAGUGGACAAAGGCAAAAAAGCAGCUGUGGCCCACGGAGACAAUCCAGGGAAGACAACACGAGUGGCCGUAGCGGUCGUGGACACGUUUGUGUGGCAGGCCCUGGCCUCUGUAAUCAUCCCGGGCUUCACUAUUAACCGGGUGUGCGCAGCGUCCCUGUAUCUGCUGGGCAAGUCCACCAAGUGGCCUCUGCCUGUUCGCAAGUGGACCACCACAGCUAUUGGGCUCUCCACCAUCCCCUUCAUCAUCACUCCAAUAGACAGGUCAGUGGAUUUCCUGCUGGACUCGAGCCUUAGGAAGGUCUACAAUGAUGGAAAGAAGCACGAAUAAAGAGAAUCAUGCAGACUGGAAGCACACCAGCCUGCACCAAUUAUGCAGACAAUCUGGAACGCAGCCAUUUCAUGGUGCAAGAUUUCAAACUCGCUUGGUGAUAUAACUGUAUUACCAUAGUUUUUAUGACAGAGCUGGAUAUUUAUGUACAAGGUUAGGUGAUUUAAAGGGAAAUCCUGCUCCAAAGCAGGCUCAGUUUUAUCCUCAGGGCAGUGUGGGUUAUAUUACCAAAAUAAAUCUUAAUGAGAAUGUAGUAAUAUA